GCUGAUCACCUGCAACAAGAGGGCGGACGGCACAUUUUACGACUGCAACGAAAAGGAUUUGAAGGGAUGGAUGUUUGCUUUCUCUAAGUGAAGUCGGAUACAAAUUGUCUAAAGGAGCACAAUUAGUAAAUGAGAAAUUGCAAUCGAACAUCGGCAUCCUCACGCGGUUGAGGCCAAGUUGAUUAGGAACUGAGGAUAGCACAAGCAGCAUUUUUUUCUGCGUAAUUCGCAGCAAGAAUUCAGAUUUGACACGGACAGCAUACGGUGAGACUACGCAUUAUGCGUAGGAAUCGAUCGCAAAACAUUUCCUGGAUCCUAUUUCGGCGUUGGGAAGGUAAAUACUGUCAGUGACUACAGAUGAUCACAGGUCCCCCCCUCCCCAACAGCACAGAGGCUAUCAGGCAAAUGGUAGCCGCUGUGAGUCGGGCGAAGAGCGAGAGACCAAACCCGGAGGAUUUCGGACAGAUGGAAUAGAAAGAAUGCUGCUCUCUCAAAAUGCAUCACAGUAGACGGAUAAACUGACCAAACAAAUAUACAGCAAACUUUCAGCGCUGAUUAUGACGCUGGGGUUUAAAUGAUAUGUUUUAAACUGUCCGAGAACUGACAAAAUGCAUGUGCAAACUGAUCAGCUGGAUUGUUGAAAUGACUUGGUUGGCGCUGACGCUGUCUGAUGGCUCAAACUGCAUAAUAGCGAAAUGGCAUUUUAUUUUGCGUCGACUUGACGUUUGGAUCUCCAAUAUUGGAUCAGUUGUCUAGCUAAAAGUUCGGAUGAAAGUAAACAACUGGUGCAAUGUUAAACUACAUGGUCCGGAGCGUAAUGUACUGUUCGUGCUGAAGCGUAUGGGUCCUGCGUACUCAAGCUCCCGACUCCCACACAAAAAGGAUUGUCUCUGUUGCGGGGGGUGCAGUGCAGUAGCUGUCACAGCUCCACAUCUGGCUACUGACUGGAUAGUUAACUAGCUAGCUAGCUAACUGUUUUUCCUAUUGGGAAGCUAGUGAGGUUGAAUGAGUUUCUGCAUCAUUCGAGAGAAAGAUUGCUUUGUGAAAUCACCUCGGUGAUUAUCGUGUUCCGAAGGGACCUGUAUUUUGGACAAUAUCUGAGAUCAAUCGAACAGUUUGAAGUGAUUCACGGCUGUCUUCUUAGCGAAAACACAUAAGGACUUUGCGUAAGUCACGUAUUUUUAAAGGCAAAGAUAGGGUGACAUUGCAGUCUCAUCAUAUUGGAUAUAACGUCGCCCGACAAAAAAAAGUGAAAGUGGGGCAUUGUCCGUCACACGUAUUAACGCAGUGGGAUUUGUACGUCUGGUCGGCGUUCCCCCCCACCCUUCCCUUGUUGACGGUGAUGGGUCGGAAGCGGUGUGUCGGUGCAGAUUGUUCCAAGAUGGCGGCCGGGUGCUGCGGGGUGAAGAAGCAGAAGCUGUCGGGAUCCCCCGGGUCGGGGGGUCCUGGCGGGGUGGGGGCGGGAAACGGAGUGGCAGGGACCGGACAUUGUGGAUCGGACUUGGGGAUUGGUUCCUCCUCGACUGUGGCGGCAGGGAACAUGAAUCGAGUGAACGGCCUGGGGUGUCCUGGGGGUAGUAGUAGUAGCACCAACGCGUUGUCCCCAACCCCGGGAGGCUACAACUCAACUGGCCUCUCCCCGAAUCUAAGCCCGGGAUCUGGUUCGGGAAGUGGAGGCAGGAAGAUGGUUGUUUCGGCGGAGAUGUGCUGCUUCUGUUUCGACGUGCUUUAUUGCCAUCUGUAUGGAUACCAACCUCCCCGAACACCUAGGUUUACAAACGAUUCCUACCCGCUGUUUGUCACAUGGAAAAUAGGCAGAGACAAGCGGUUGAGGGGAUGUAUAGGUACAUUUUCUGCCAUGAACCUCCACCCAGGACUCAGGGAGUACACCCUUACCAGUGCCCUUAAAGACAGCCGCUUUCCCCCCGUGACGAGGGACGAGCUGCCACGCCUCUUCUGCUCGGUGUCUCUGCUCACCAACUUCGAGGACGUCGGUGAUUACCUUGACUGGGAGGUGGGUGUUCAUGGCAUUAGGAUAGAGUUUUUCAAUGAAAAAGGAUCAAAGCGUACCGCCACCUACCUACCAGAGGUCGCAAAAGAGCAAGGAUGGGACCACAUUCAGACCAUAGAUUCCUUACUACGAAAGGGAGGCUACAAAGCUCCCAUCACAAAUGACUUCAGGAAGACCAUUAAGUUGACCAGGUACCGUAGCGAGAAGAUGACAAUGAGCUAUGCUGAGUACAUUGCCCACCGCCAGCACCAUCACUACCAGAACGGCACCGGGCACCCUCUACCCCCAUACAACCAUUAUUCCUGACAGCGAGCCGCAUGACCAAUCACUGGACCUCUCUGCGGACCUUUUCCCAGGAGAGCCCGCCCCCUCCUGGUCUAGUUAUCUCUACUACUGUACCAUUUUAUGAUGAUAGUUUCCGUUGCCAUGCUGACGCUCUCCCAGACGUUGACGUGGCAACGGGUGGCAAAAUGAGCAUCAAUUGAUAAUGACGAGAAAAAACAAAAAUCUUUUAUUUUUUAUCCUCCUAUUGAUUUAGUUUUUGCAGCAUAUAUAUCAAUAUAACCCCUUUAGUUGUUUAUUUUUGUUCACAAAUACUCAAUUUUCCUAAAUGUAUUAUUUUCAAACAAUCCUAAUCAGGCUUUUGAUUCUGUGGAUGGAAGCAAGUCAUAUAUAUGGUGAAUUCGUAAUGCAUAAAGGUAUAGGCUCAUAUUUUGUGUAGGCUUAGCUACAGUGUCCCAUCUAUUAGGGAAAUGUUUUUCUUUGUCUGUUGAAUCCUUUCUUAGUAGCCAGCUUGGCAUUAUGUGUGUCAUGUGGCAAGCCAACAGCUGUUCUGGAAGACUCAAAUCUUUUCCUCAAUUUUGCGAUUCUUCUCAAGAAAUGGACUUAGGUUGGUUUGGCCUUUGUAACUCGUUGUAGUGCUGUAGAUUGUAGGGUUGUGAUGGCACGCCACUAGUAUUUGCUGGUCUUUUUUAUUACAUUACCCCACACGUGUUUGCUUUGAUGUGUGUGGUUAGAAGUUUGUUGUUAAGUUCACAUCCGACAGGAGAUUGAAAGCGCUAUAUUAAAUCAUGAAUAGGAUCAUGACAAAAUAUUUGACAGAGAUGUUCAUUUCCACCCCUGAGUGUUCAUAGUGUUUUGUAAUGAAACCUGCAAAACUUGAAUUGAAUUUGUACAGCUCCAGCUCAGAUAUUUUCACCCGCUCUUCUUUCCAACUUGAGAAACGUAUGGAGGAAGCCAUUUUAGCUGCGUCAAAGGAGGUUGUCUCUGUCCCUUGUCUCUGUGAAGCAGGCCGCUAGUGAAAGUGAUCCACGGGGCUGGAGGUUGUGAUAGGGUUGGAGAGUUGACUGGAGGUUGUGAUAGGGUUGGAGAGUUGGCUGGAGGUUGUGAUAGGGUUGGAGAGUUGGCUGGAGGUUGUGAUAGGGUUGGAGAGUUGGCUGGAGGUUGUGAUAGGGUUGGAGAGUUGGCUGGAGGUUGUGAUAGGGUUGGAGAGUUGGCUGGAGGUUGUGAUAGGGUUGGAGAGUUGGCUGGAGGUUGUGAUAGGGUUGGAGAGUUGGCUGGAGGUUGUGAUAGGGUUGGAGAGUUGGCUGCAGAGCUGGAGGUUGUGAUAGGGUUGGAGAGUUGGCUGGAGGUUGUGAUAGGGUUGGAGAGUUGGCUGCAGGGCUGGAGGUUGUGUUAGGGUUGGAGAGUUGGCUGGAGGUUGUGAUAGGGUUGGAGAGUUGGCUGGAGGUUGUGAUAGGGUUGGAGAGUUGGCUGGAGGUUGUGAUAGGGUUGGAGAGUUGACUGCAGGGCUGGAGGUUGUGUUAGGGUUGGAGAGUUGGCUGGAGGUUGUGAUAGGGUUGGAGAGUUGGCUGGAGGUUGUGUUAGGGUUGGAGAGUUGGCUGGAGGUUGUGUUAGGGUUGGAGAGUUGGUUGGAGGUUGUGAUAGGGUUGGAGAGUUGACUGCAGAGCGCAUUGUCCUCUCAUUCAUUGUCCUCUGAGAAAAAUACCUUCAUCCUGUUAUUUCAUGCUAGUUGGUUUGAGAGGAAAAAACAAUGAGGGAGACUUGAGUCUAGUGACAGGGAUAUGCUAAAACUACUUAAAGCCAUAUUCUGUUUUUAAUCCCCCCCGCUCUUCUUUGUAACCUCUGUGUUUACUUCCUCUAAGAGUUUACUUUAUUCUGGUGGCUUUGGUCCCAAAAGUUGGGUUUCCUCUCAAAUUUUGUGUUUUGGUCCUGGCUAGGAAUCUGGGCCUAUGAGACAUUAUCUGGACUUACUCAGUUAGUAUGGGUUAGCAUCAGGGGUGCAUUUAUUAGUCAGUCUGUUGCAAAAAGUUUUGCAAUGAAACCUGUUUACUGUUUGGUUCCUAGAGUAAACCGGCUAAAUGGAACAAAACAGAGAGGACUACCUGAAUUUGUACAAUAGAAACUAAUUUUCAUUGAUAUAAGUUUUACAUUUGCAACGGAAUCCGACUGAUGAAUACACUCCAGCGUUUGAACUCCUUUGUGCUGUUUGUUAAGAGUCCUCAUCACUUCCGCUGCUUUUAUACCAUUUUAACUGAAGCUUGUGGCCACAAUGACAAAUAAUGAAACUUGAUGUAGGCCUAAUCAAUGUUUUACAUCCACAUUUGACAUUACAUGCUUGAUGACUGACGGUUGCCAUAGUUGUGCACUUUCAUGUGCUCUCGUCAAAACGCUAUGAGAUCUUGUGGAGGCUCCUGGAGAUGGCAUCUAGCUAGUCAAAACGCGAUGAGAUCUUGUGGAGGCUUCUGGAGAUGGCAUCUAGCUAGUCAAAACGCUAUGAGAUCUUGUGGAGGCUUCUGGAGAUGGCAUCUAGCUAGUGAAAAUGCUAUGAGAUCUUGUGGAGGCUUCUGGAGAUGGCAUCUAGCUAGUCAAAACGUUAUGAGAUCUUGUGGAGGCUUCUGGAGAUAGCAUCUAGCUAGUCAAAACGCGAUGAGAUCUUGUGGAGGCUUCUGGAGAUAGCAUCUAGCUAGUCAAAACGCGAUGAGAUCUUGUGGAGGCUUCUGGAGAUGGCAUCUAGCUAGUCAAAACGCUAUGAGAUCUUGUAGAGGCUUCUGGAGAUGGCAUCUAGCUAGUCAAAACGCUAUGAGAUCUUGUGGAGGCUUCUGGAGAUAGCAUCUAGCUAGUCAAAACGCUAUGAGAUCUUGUGGAUGCUUCUGGAGAUGGCAUCUAGCUAGUCAAAACGCUAUGAGAUCUUGUGGAGGCUUCUGGAGAUGGCAUCUAGGUAGUCAAAACGCUAUGAGAUCUUGUGGAGGCUUCUGGAGAUAGCAUCUAGCUAGUCAAAAUGCUAUGAGAUCUUGUGGAGGCUUCUGGAGAUAGCAUCUAGCUAGUCAAAACGCUAUGAGAUCUUGUGGAGGCUUCUGGAGAUAGCAUCUAGGUAGUCAAAACGCUAUGAGAUCUUGUGGAGGCUUCUGGAGAUAGCAUCUAGGUAGUCAAAACGCUAUGAGAUCUUGUGGAGGCUUCUGGAGAUAGCAUCUAGGUAGUCAAAAUGCUAUGAGAUCUUGUGGAGGCUUCUGGAGAUAGCAUCUAGCUAACCUUAAACCCUUGGCACUGGUCAUCGUCGGUUGAUUUGUUCAAAUCCGUUAUUUCCUCAUGACAUGCUGCUGUUUGUUGAGGUGCUUGCCGUAUUCAGGACCAGUUGCUCCCCGUCUCUGUGCCACUAGAAACCAUGCAUGGGUUGUUGGUCUGUCUUGUCAGCUGUUUCCCAGGAAACUGGGAAAGGGUGGUCAAACUGCAUUCAGUCAAACCCUACAUAAAGAACCAGGGAUUUCAAGCAACUAGUUAGUCCAUGUCCUCUUCAAGUGUUCCUUUUUGUCAGUCACAUCCGUGCCCAGUAGUUGGUAUGUUUUAGCAAGUGUAGUUAAUGGAUUAGCUAAUGAUCUCUGUGUCGUGUACAGGUUUGAGAGGUGCUUGUACAACAACAAAACAGAACAAACAUAUUUUAUAAAACAUCUUUUACCAACUGACAGUAGGGUUAAUCCUUUUUAUUUUAUUUUUAUAUGCAAAAUGUUAAGGGCUUUGGCACUCCAUCCACAGUAACCCGAAAUGACCCAUAUUUCAGUUGUGUUGAUUUAAUAAAUUAUGGACCAGUAAAAUGGUGCCCUGAGUGUUCCUCUGUCCUGUACUGUCUAACACUGACCUCAACCUACAGGGCAGUGAAGGGCCUUAAAACCCUGAUUCACCCAUUCACCUUCAGAUAGACACAUUGUAGCGGGAGGCAGAUGGGAACCUUUCUUCUAAUCAUACCUGGACAUUAGAAACCCCAGCUUACUUCAUUAAUCUAGCCUAUUGUAGAAGGGGUUUGUCCACAGACAUGCUUGGUUGAGAUGUUAUUGUAGUAAGGGCCUAUCCUGUUCUCUGUGCUUCCCUGCUCAGAUAUUGGAUGGCAUUUCCUUUAUAUUAUCCUCUUGUGGUCAGGGAAAUGCUGCUCAACAACAUUGACAAGACAAAGGAGGCCUACUUAAAGAUAUAUAUUGGCCUAGUAGUUUGUCACAAAAACAGUUUUCAGAGAACUGUGGGACAAGCUUUCCCUGUUGUUGAACAAUCGGGUAACCAUUUUCUGGUCCAUUCAAUACAGCACAACCUGAAUAUUUUUCUGCUGCAAAAUCAAGUCCACCAUUCUCUUUUACAUACUUACCGAUAUAUGUAUACACAAAUGCAGUCCAUUCUGUUGCAUGUGUGUGUAUAAAACAUACAGUAUGGUUUAAUCCCUGACAUCGAAGGCUUAGAGACUUGUAUAAAUCAUCAAAAAUAAAUAAAAUGGUGCUAUUGGACCUCAUGUUGGGGCGGUCGCAGGUUUCGUGACUGGUCAUGCGGACUCAUCGAUCAUAUCCGACUUAUUAUCCUUGAUAUAUGCAGAUCUGUUCAACAGGUGUUUUUUUCCUACCAGUGUAAGUCAACACCCUGCAGGUUUGAAAGGACAAGAAGUCACUACUAAUCCCCCUCCCCCCAACUCCCUGCCUCAUGGCCUGGGGGUUAAAGGUAUAGUCUGUCGUUCAGUAGAUCGUGGCAUCAGAAGGGGACAUUCGCUCCUGGGCUGGGACAGUAAAGAGUUGGAGUAAAAGGGGUCUUAUCGCCCCUCCUCUCCAGUCUCCCAUCGUAGGCCCCUUUCCCUGUCCAGCCCACGAUUGGAUGUUCCUCUUAGAAGCACACCCAUAACACUUCAUGUUUUACUCUUUUUAAAUCGUGAGUUUUUAUAGCUGUCCUGUAUCAUUUACUCAUCCAUGGAGUUGAUUAUCAGCUGACAGAAGGUUCUCACUCAACUCUGGCUCUUACAAACUCCCUCAAAGGAAGUCGUGCUUCUCAUGUAAUAUUGUCAUUCAUGUAGCCCUCUAUAACAGUGGUUUCUUUAAGCUGGACAUGAGUGUGGGUUUAGUUGGCAGGUUUAGUGAGCCAGAUGAGUGAUUGCUGAUAUCAUCAGGAUGCUCACAUAAUUAUUGUAUUUGACUUGGACAAUUCGUUGCCGUUCAUGAAUCACUCUUCCGUAUGACCGUAAGUGUAUCGUGUAACGUACUUUUAACAUGGAAAUGACUGAACGUAAAGGUUCAUGAAUAUCAAUAAAUCUCAGUCAAAUGUGAUGUGAUUUUCCUGGUGUCCUUCAAAAGAUUAUUCUGACUGCUAAUUUGCAGCUAGUUUAAACACACCUCUGCCCAUGGACGAGUGACAAUUGUUCAUACUGACACAACUGGGAUAAUGUGUAAAGACAAUGUCAUUUGGAUCCAUUGCCUGGUUUAGCCCCUGCAUUCCUUGUAUGUGUACCGGUAUGCAUAUAUUUUUGUGGAAUACUUAAGCUCCUAUUACCUUUGUAUGUUCAACCGAACCAAAGAUGCCUCUGCCCCAUAGAGAUGUAUAGAGAUCAUAACAUGGAAGUAACCUGUUUUUGCAUGGACAUUUAGGGCUUCCUCCAUUUUAAAAUGGUCAACUGGGUGAAGAUUCCUAUGGUUUGGGAGUGAUCGACCAAUGAGCAGAGCAUUGUUUUCUUCUUCAAAUGAGUUUGUAAUUGGCUUUAAGCUAUAUGACUGCCAUUUAACGGCCACAAUAAAUUUAACACAAUUUGGUUCAAGACUCCAUCACUGCAGGUGGUAGUAAGUCACCAAUCUUAGCUUUACACUUUUUUCAAACAUCAAAAGAAGAAAAAAAUGGACUACUUCAAAAUGGAGAAAGCUUCAAUGGCGCUGUGCGUGCUGUCACAGACGCCAUAAUGGCAUAGAUACAACGUAGCGAUUUCUAUACAUCUCUAUGUUCUGGCCAAGUCCAAAUGCUGCUCUUCAGGCCUGGCUUCCUGUCCUUCCAAAAAACACCCCUGCAAGAGACAAAAUGUUAUUUUUUUCCGUCUGUUUCAGAUUUUUUUAUCUGUUUUUUGUACGAUUUCUAACUUGUCUUUUGAUUUCUUUAGCAACCUCUUAUUCAAUGAAUUUCAUUGAUUAUGUCUGAAGCCUUACCCGGCAUCAAGGACAGUGAAAUUACUUGGUUGCACACAGUUUUUUUUAUUUUGUUGUCGUCACUUGUAUUUUCAUUAUUUUCAUUUUUUAAACAAAAAAAAACCCCAUAGCGUGCCUCCUAGAUGUAUGAGUUUCUGUGUUUCUUUCCUAAAGACCAGCAGUUAUACUUUAUAUAAAAGAUGAGUUUGUCCUUAUUUUUUACGCCGUUAAAGAUGAAAAAAGACCUCUUUUCUUUACUCUGGACCCAGUAGCUGCACUGGUAUACAAUCGCACUAAUAGAUAAACAAAAAAAAUACAAAUAAAUGAAUCAAUAAUAAAUGAAAUAAGAACUACAAUACACUUGUGUUUGGAACUUUUAUAAGAUUUACUAAAAUAAAAUAAAUUACUGUUUUUGUACAUCAAAAUCUAUUAUUUUCCCCAAAACUAUUUUGGAUCUAGUUUCUAAAUUAUUUGAGUUGUUUUCUAUGUUCUGAAAAUGUGUCGCUGUGCAGAGCAACUGUCUCUGCUGUGGUGGCAUGACGGGGCACGGGGUUGCCUGGUGUAAACCCCUCACACCCACCUUUUAUUUCUUCUACUUUUCAUUUUUGGUUCUGUCUCUUUCUCUGCUUUAGUAACUUAAAUGUUGAUGGAAUAAUAUGAACUGGGGGGAAAAAAGACUCCUUUAGAGCAAGAGUCUCCUUCCUCUCCCAUUGAAUUGCUGUUAGUGUGAUGAGACUUGAAAUGGGCAUUUAUGAUAGUAUGGCUCCAAAAAAAUACAGAAAAUGAAAAAUGUUUUUAAAAAAUGUGUGGGGAGGGAGAAAAUCUUAUAUAUAGAUGGGUUAUCAGUGGGUAUGUGAGCAAUGGCUGUGGAUAUGAUCAUGUAGUUUUAAACAUUGUUAUUACCUUUUAAAUUCAUUUAGCCAAUAAAAAUGAAUAAAACCACGUGAAAAGAUAAA